UUGGGAUGUUCGUUUGUCACUUUUUCGCGUAUUUAUGGAUAUACUUUCGUGAAAUUCUGUGUAAUCAAUUAUCUCGUCCCAAAGGUGCCAAUUUCGGAUCUUUCUCAUUUCAGUGAAUGUAUGUACCGGCAGAAUCGCUGCUACAGCUGUAUGUCACCGAUGUAUGAGGAAUUCUUCAAAAAUGGCCUGGACAGAUAUUUUACUCCUCCCAAAAACUUUUCCUAUCAAUGCGAUGAGCCGAUGAAUCCUGAAUCAAUGCAUUUGGUAUCAUGUCGGACGAUAUGCUUGACUGUACAGCAAGAUCUUUAUGUAAUGGGUCAACCAACUGGCAAACGAUUAUUCAUGCGUGGAUGUGCGCUUACUAUGGCCAGAAGAGGUCUGAACAAUCACACGCUCAGCAUGUUUGACCGAUAUGACAUUUGCAGAGAAAUGUCAGCGGCAGAUCUCUUCAGACACGAUAGGGCCGACUCGCAACGCGUACGUGUGUGCAGCUGUCUCGGUGACCGGUAA